CGAUCCCAUUCCAGCUUGCCGAAGCUUGCCGAGUUCACUCUUGGUGUUGUCCAAUUCUCUCACUCGUGCUCAAUUCAGUUCAGAUAGCUACUGAAGACCUCAAGAUGCCUCCCAAGCUGCCUCCCUUGCGCUUUGUGCGCUCUGUUCUCAACUCAUUUGCCAAAGAAUCUGGCCUUGAGCCGAGAUUGUUCGGUAACAAUUUCCGGGUGACCGGCGCCGCGGUGGGCAAGGUCGAUUUUGAGCUGGCCAUCCAAAAGGAACACACGAACCGUCUUUCCACGAUCCAUGGCGGCACUCUUGCCAGUCUCGUCGAUCUCGGCGGCUCUUUGGCCGUGGCCUCCAAGGGCCGCUUCAUGACGGGCGUCUCAACUGACAUCAACGUCACGUAUCUGAACCCGGGGGGAAAGCCCGGCGACAUCAUGACGGGCACUGCCAUCUGUGACAAGAUGGGACGCACCCUCGCAUACACGACCGUUACCUUCUUCAACAAAAAGGGAGAGCUUGCCGCGCGAGGCAGUCACACCAAAUACAUUGCAAAGACAUGGGAGACGGAGGACUUUGUGGCGCCGGAUGAGUAUGUAGCGGAGGAAGAGAAGUAAAGAAACCUCACGGCAUUCUCCAGUUGGAGGAACGAUGGCAUUGCAUGCAGCGAGGAUAAUAGUAUAGAUUCUUGUAAGACAUACAUUUCUUCAUCAGUUAACGCAAGUGGUAU